ACAUAAAUGUUGUAUUUCCUAAAUUAGCAACCAAUCCGAUUGAUGUAACUAAGAUCCGUAUGCAACUAGAUGGUGAGCUGAAUUCAGUAAAGGCAAGGUCAGCUUACCAGCAGAGAUACUACAAGGGAAUAGUCAGAGGAGCUUUUACUAUUGCAAGGGAUGAAGGUGUUAGAGGAUUAUAUAAAGGAGUCACUCCGGCCCUGGUUAGAGAAGCUAGCUAUAGUUCUAUUAGAAUAGGUGCAUAUGAACCUAUCAAACGUCUCUUCGGUGCUACAGAUCCAGCCCAUACACCUCUCUACAAAAAGCUUGCAUCAGGUGCUACAUCAGGUGCAUUAGGGAGUUGGAUAGCAACCCCAACAGACCUGAUACGCGUUAGACUCCAAGCAGAGGCUAAACUAGAGCCUGGACAACAACCAAGGUACAGGGGUUUCCUACAUGCUGUCUCUGAUAUAGCUAAAACAGAAGGUCUAAGAGGUCUUUACAGGGGUACUGUCCCCACAGUGCAGAGGGCUAUGAUUCUUACUGCUGCUCAGGUUCCAACAUAUGACCAUACCAAGCAUACUAUGCUGAAUCUAGGUUGGAUGGAAGAAGGCCUAAGGUUACACACAUUCUCAUCAAUGGUUGCAGGCUUUGUGGCAGCUUUAGCAACCUCACCAGUAGAUGUCAUCAAAACAAGGGUGAUGAAUCAGAAAAUUAAAGAUCUUCCACUAGAAAAGCGUGCAUACAAGGGCUCUCUUGAUUGUUUUCUGAAGACGGUCAAAUCAGAGGGUUUAUAUGGUCUUUAUAAAGGUUUUUUCCCUAACUGGCUGAGGAUAGGACCACAUACCAUCAUCAGUUUUAUCUUAUUUGAACAGCUCAGAAGGUUAGCUGGGAUAGACCCCAUUUGUACCAACCCAGUUGAGGUGACAAAGGUUCGCAUUCAGUUAGAAGGUGAACUGGCCAGACAAUCAGCCAUAAAAGCCUACAAAGAACGUUACUACAAGGGUCUCUUCCAGGGCUUAGUAACGGUUGCUAGGGAUGAAGGCAUCAAAGGACUCUAUAAAGGACUUACUCCAUCAUUAAUUAGGGAAGCCAUUUACAGUACAUUACGUUUUGGUUCUUAUGAACCAAUCAAGAAACUAUAUGGAGCAACAGAUCCAACCAGAACCUUACUCAUUAUAAAACUUGCUGCUGGUGCUACAGCAGGGGCACUGGGGAGUUGGAUUGCCAAUCCUAUGGACAUUGUCAGGAUCAGACUUCAAGGAGAUGGGAAACUACUGCCUGGACAACAACCAAGGUACAGGGGUUUCCUACAUGCUGUCUCUGAUAUAGCUAAAACAGAAGGUCUAAGAGGUCUUUACAGGGGUACUGUCCCCACAGUGCAGAGGGCUAUGAUUCUUACUGCUGCUCAGGUCCCAACCUAUGAUCACACAAAGCAUUCCAUACUCAAUAGAGGCUGGAUGACAGAGGGGAUAAAGCUCCAUUUUGUUUCGUCAAUGGGGGCAGGUUUCACUACAGCAUUUGCUACCUCACCAGUCGAUGUGAUUAAAACAAGAAUUAUGAAUCAGAAAAUUAAAGGUGUUGCAAAAGAUGAGAUAUUGUAUCGAGGCUCCUUAGACUGUCUCCUAAAAAUACUGCAAAGCGAAGGUUUCUAUGGUCUCUAUAAAGGCUUUUUCUCUAACUGGCUUAGGCUUGGACCUCAUACAUGUAUAUCAUUCCUAAUCUUCGAGCAGCUUAGAUGUCUUGCUGGAAUUCAUCCUAUUUAACGGUAAAGUCCAACCCAAAAAAAUGUAGAUUUGAAUAAAAAGAAUAAUCAAACAUGAUGAAAUUUCAUCAAAAUCGGAUGUAAAAUAAGAAAGUCGCUCACUAAGUCACCCACUAAGUAUUGUUUUGUAUUUUAAUAUAUGAAUAUAGAAUACUUCAUACUUAUAGAUUUGACAGUAACAAAACAUCUCUAUGAAUCAUGACGGGUUGUAAAAAUAACAAUGUCACAUAUUCAUAGAGGAAUUAAAUGUUGAUUAGACUAUGAGGAAAAAAAUUAAGAUAUAAAAUUUCACAUUUCAUGUACCAGGAAUAAAAUAUAAAAAGAUGGUGAGUGAUGUCACCUAAUUUGCAUACAGACCAGGAUGUGCAUAUUACUGUUUUGUAAAAUUAAGUGAAAUUUUAAAAUGUUUCUUAUUUUACAUCUGAUUUUGAUAAAAUGUUCAAUGUUGUACUCAAUUGAUUAAUCUCUUUUUAUUCAACUUUUUGUGGACUUGCCCUUUAGAGAACAGUACCAUGUUACUAUUGAUUUAGAAUUUUCCAACUCCGAGGAGAAGGGAUGGAGUACAUAUUCCCAGGAACGUAAUUUUGGACAAUGAUCAUCUCCAUGCAGCCUUGUAAAUUGAAGGGGGAGGGGGACAUUACUAGAAUAAUCAAAAUUCUGAUGGCACUGUAUUUUGUCCGUGCAUGUCAUAGGUUUAAGUGCAUAUGAGAGGGAUCCAAUGAUAUAAGCGCGAUUAGUUCAACGGCAUAGCAUAACAAGUGGGUAGGGGUGGGGUUUAGUACAAAAUUUCUAUAACAUGAUCUACUGCUUCAUAAGUGUAUCUGCUACAAGAAAAUUCACAAAUUUUGGUAUCUAUAUUUCUGUUCACACUUAAAUUCAACUCUGACCACCCUUCUUAGAAAUUGAUGUAGAGUUUACUAUCUUAUUAGAUAUUGGAUCCGAAUUUCUCACUUGUCCCCUCAGAUACUUUAUACCUUUGCAUUCACCUGGACAUGUUGCAGAGUUCCUUUAAGUUCCAAAUUUUGCUGAAGCAUUUUAAAGCUGAAUAUUAUUUUAAUGAUAUUAGUGUCUACAUGAUUUACGCAGACUAUUGAAUAUAAAAUAGAACGUAUGCUACGGUCACAAAUACCUUUAAGAACACUAUACAAAAAAUUUCAUACUAUUUAUUGCUAUGUGUAUCAUUUGUACUGUGUUCUUUAAGUUAUCUGUGAUCGUAGCAUUAGAUGGUGGAACAUACCUAAACUGAUGGUAUUAACAGGGUAUUGGGUUACGACCGAGCAAAAUUAUGACAGAAAAUCUACACAAUCCUCUUAAAGCAAGAAUAUAUUCACUUAUAUGAAGAAUGUAAAAAUCAGAGGACUGUAAAUUGCUUAUCUCUUUUAACCAGAAGUAUUUUGUUCCAAUAUAAUUCAUAUUUUUAGAAUUGUGAUUAAAUUUUAAUGUAGUAUAACAUCAGUGUAAAAAAGCAUGAGAAAGUAACAAGAGUACUUGGAGGACACAAUUUUUUUCUAUUUGAAUCAUGAUAAAAGUGCAAUGACUUAGGUUUUAUAGAUCUCUCGUCUUUGAAAAACAUAUAAUAAAUCUUUUGUAAUGAAUUAUUUUAUAACGUAAAUGCUUCCAAGAAAAUGUCCCACGUUCACUAAAGACAUUUUAAACAAAUUUGGUGUAAUUACAGAUUUCUCAAAUAUUGUUCUUAUAAAUCAUGUCUGUGUGCAUGUAUGCUUAAAAGCAACAUUGCAUUUGUGAAUUUGUGCCAAUACUUGAUAUUCUAGUCAUUUACAUAUCUUAAACUUUUUUAAUACAUUUUCUAUAAAUCGUUGUUUCAUGCAUAAAAUAUUGGCUCGUCAUAUUUUGUAUGCAGAUUUAUAUAAAUAUAUAAAUAUA